AUGAUGACCGCCCUCAGCCAACCACGGACGCCCAACACGAAGUCCCAUAAAGCACCUGGGGGGUGCUUCCCAACCCUCGUCCAUGCUUGGGUCCUGCACUCUAUGCACCCUUGCUCUAGACGAGAUAACUACUCGGUCCACGUCACAACGACUGCUCGUACUGCCCUCGUGGCCGCUGUCUGGCCUAUUGACGGCACCAUUAUUCCUUCCCGCGGCUCGUCCCGCGGAGACACCGAUCUGGAUUCAUCCUCGUCCCCCUCCUCUAGCUCCCACUCUCGCCCACGCUCUCGCCCACACGACAGCCAAGACAGCGGCGGAACCUCCCCUAUCAACGCCAUUCCACCGGAGACGGCUGCCAACCCGACCAGGACAACACCCCCGGGCACGACGUCAACGGCCGGAUCCAACAGCAGCACACCAGCCUCGACCGCGAAUAUAGCAUCUUUGGCGGGACUCUUGGGCGGCGUCAACGCUCCGAGUCUCCCCUGCCGGGCCACGGAAGCUUUCCCGUUCCCGUCGACUCGGUUGCCCGAGGUCGGGAGGGCGGUAGCGAUAGCAGGCGGGCCCGCAAGCGUAGGCGCGGGGCACCGACGCAAGACAUAG